AUGAGAUUAGAAUCAGGAAACCUGGAUAUAAAUGCUCGCUCAUUGUAUCAGUACUUGUUAAUGGAAGAGAGCUUGCUGGUAGGAAGAGUUGAUUUCUUAGUUAUUUGGCUGAGUGUUCUAUGUUCCUUAAUAACUUUUUCUUCUCUUGCUUUUCUCCUAUUAGCUGGAUUGCCGUUUUUGAUCAUUGAAACAAGCACAAUUGCACCCUAUCCACGGGGAUUUUACUGUAAUGAUGAAAGCAUCCGUUAUCCUAUGAAAAGUGGAGAGACCAUCAAUGAUGCUGUCCUGUGUGCUGCAGGCAUUCUUAUUGCCAUACUUGCUAUUAUUAUAGGAGAGUUCUAUCGGAUCCACUGCCUGAAGGAGAAAUCUCGGUCUUUUAUCCAGAACCCAUACAUUGCAGCAUUAUACAAGCAAGUGGGCUGCUUUGCAUUUGGCUGUGCUAUCAGUCAGUCCUUUACUGAUAUUGCCAAAGUGUCGGUGGGACGCCUGAGACCUAAUUUCAUUGCAGUCUGUACGCCAGACUUUACAAAAAUCAACUGCUCCCAGGGUUAUAUACAAGAAUAUCAGUGCCUUAAUCCUGAUGAAAGCAAAGUCCAGGAAGCAAGGAAAUCAUUUUUCUCUGGACAUGCUUCCUUCUCACUCUAUACCAUGCUUUAUUUGGUGUUGUACCUGCAAGCCAGAUUUACUUGGAAAGGAGCCCGCCUGCUGCGCCCCUUGCUGCAGUUCACACUGAUCAUGAUGGCAUUUUACACAGGACUUUCUCGUGUGUCGGACCACAAACAUCACCCCACAGAUGUACUGGCAGGCUUUACACAAGGAGCCCUGGUGGCAUAUUGUAUAGUAUUUUAUGUCUCGGACCUCUUCAAGCAGAAAACCAAGGUGUUGCAGCCUCCUCCCAUCCGGAGGGAGAUAUUAUCACCUGUGGACAUCAUUGACAGGAACAACCAUCACAACAUGGUGUAG